AUGGUCAAUUUCACGGUCGACGAGGUCCGGGCGUUGAUGGACAAGCCCACCAAUGUCCGUAACAUGUCGGUCAUUGCUCACGUCGACCACGGCAAGUCGACGUUGACUGAUUCCCUGCUGUCCAAGGCCGGUAUCAUCUCCACCGCGAAGGCUGGUGAUGCCCGUGCCACCGACACCAGAGCCGACGAGCAGGAGCGUGGUAUCACUAUCAAGUCGACUGCCAUCUCCCUGUACCACAACCUCGAGGACGAGGAAGAUAUCAAGGAUAUUGUUGGCCAGAAGACUGAAGGCCGCGAGUUCUUGAUCAACCUUAUCGACUCGCCCGGUCACGUUGAUUUCUCUUCUGAGGUUACCGCCGCUCUCCGUGUUACUGACGGUGCUCUCGUCGUCGUCGACACCGUCGAGGGUGUUUGCGUUCAGACCGAGACUGUGCUCCGCCAGGCUCUUGGUGAGCGUAUCAAGCCCGUUGUUGUCAUCAACAAGGUCGACCGUGCUCUUCUCGAGCUCCAGGUCUCCAAGGAGGACCUUUACCAGUCCUUCUCCCGUACCAUUGAGUCCGUCAACGUCGUCAUCUCCACCUACUUCGACAAGUCUCUUGGUGACGUCCAGGUCUACCCCGACAGGGGUACCAUUGCCUUCGGUUCCGGUCUCCACGGCUGGGCCUUCACCAUCCGCCAGUUCGCUGUCAAGUACGCCAAGAAGUUCGGUGUCGACAAGAACAAGAUGAUGGAGCGUCUCUGGGGCGACAACUACUUCAACCCCCACACCAAGAAGUGGACCAAGAACGGCACCCACGAGGGCAAGCAGCUUGAGCGUGCCUUCUGCCAGUUCAUCCUGGACCCCAUCUUCAAGAUCUUCGCCGCCGUCAUGAACUUCAAGAACGACGAGAUCAACACCCUCCUCGAGAAGCUCCAGCUCAAGCUCUCUUCCGAGGACCGCCAGAAGGAGGGCAAGCAGCUGCUCAAGGUUGUUCUCCGCACCUUCAUCCCCGCCGCUGAUGCCCUGCUGGAGAUGAUGAUCCUCCACUUGCCCUCGCCCGUUACUGCCCAGAAGUACCGUGCCGAGACUCUCUACGAGGGUCCCAUGGACGACGAGGCUGCCAUUGGUAUCCGUGACUGCGACCCCAAGGCUCCUCUCAUGCUGUACGUCUCCAAGAUGGUGCCCACCUCCGACAAGGGCCGCUUCUACGCCUUCGGUCGUGUCUUCUCCGGUACCGUCAAGUCCGGUAUCAAGGUUCGCAUUCAGGGCCCCAACUACACCCCCGGCAAGAAGGACGAUCUCUUCAUCAAGGCUAUCCAGCGUACCGUGCUCAUGAUGGGCGGCAAGGUCGACCCCAUUGACGACAUGCCUGCCGGUAACAUUGUCGGUCUGGUCGGUAUCGAUCAGUUCCUGCUCAAGUCUGGUACCCUCACCACCUCCGAGACCGCCCACAACCUGAAGGUCAUGAAGUUCUCCGUCUCCCCCGUCGUCCAGCGCUCCGUGCAGGUCAAGAACGCCCAGGACCUGCCCAAGCUUGUCGAGGGUCUCAAGCGUCUGUCCAAGUCUGACCCUUGUGUCCUGACCUACACCUCCGACUCUGGUGAGCACGUUGUUGCCGGUGCCGGUGAGCUCCACCUUGAGAUCUGCUUGAACGACCUCCAGAACGACCACGCCGCCGUUCCCCUGAUCAUCUCCGACCCUGUCGUUCAGUACCGUGAGACUGUCGCCGGCAAGUCGACCAUGACUGCCCUCUCCAAGUCGCCCAACAAGCACAACCGUCUCUACAUGGUUGCCGAGCCCAUGGACGAGGAGCUGUCGUUGGCUAUUGAGGCCGGCAAGGUUAGUGCCCGUGACGACUUCAAGGCCCGUGCCCGUGUCCUCGCCGACGACUACGGUUGGGAUGUCACCGACGCCCGCAAGAUCUGGUGCUUCGGUCCCGAUGGCCAGGGCGCCAACUUGCUGGUUGACCAGACCAAGGCCGUCCAGUACCUCAACGAAAUCAAGGACUCUGUCGUCUCCGGUUUCCAGUGGGCUUCCCGUGAGGGUCCCGUUGCCGAGGAGCCCAUGCGCUCCGUCCGCUUCAACAUCCUCGAUGUCACCCUGCACGCCGAUGCCAUCCACCGUGGUGGUGGCCAGAUCAUCCCCACCGCUCGCCGCGUCCUGUACGCCUCGAUGCUCAUGGCUGACCCUGCUCUCCUCGAGCCCGUCUACCUGGUCGAGAUUCAGGUGCCCGAGAACGCCAUGGGUGGCGUCUACGGUGUCCUGACCCGCCGUCGUGGUCACGUCUUCAACGAGGAGCAGCGCCCUGGAACUCCUCUGUUCAACAUCAAGGCCUACCUGCCCGUCCUGGAGUCUUUCGGCUUCAACGCCGAUCUGCGUGCUGCCACAUCUGGCCAGGCCUUCCCCCAGUCCGUCUUCGACCACUGGCAGGUGCUGCCCGGUGGCUCUCCUCUGGACCCCACCACCAAGACCGGUGCCAUUGUUACCGAGAUGCGCAAGCGCAAGGGUAUCAAGGAGAACGUCCCCGGCGUCGACAACCCGCGCGACGCGAUGAUGCUGUUUCCCGAAGAAGAUGCGCCUCUGCUGAAGAAAUGGGUCGUCAAACGUCUAGAGAACACAUCUGAUGCGGACGCCGACGUGCUUGCCGACUACAUCAUGGCCCUGCUCAAGCAUGAGGGCACUAAAGAGGAUGUGCGGGCUUUGUGCGAACAAGAGCUCCCAGUCUUCUUGAACGAGGACAUCAAAGUUUUCUUGGACGAUGUCUUUCAAGCAAUCGCUUGGAAGUUGUACGUCCCUGGCAUGUCGAAACCGCCGCCUUCGAGACAGACGGGCAACGAUUCACUGGUGCUGCCGGGAGAACAUGGGACAGCCACCGCAGGCGGAAACGAUGUCGAGAAUUCGACACUAAAGGAUUUUGCGCGAGAGGAAACAACUGCAAGUUUGACCAUGUUCUGGACCCCUGCUAUUGGCCUCAAAUGCUGCCACAAGUCCCCGAUCUUAGUGGAGGACGGCCGAGGGGGUCAAAGGAGAAAGAAGGGCAGGGCGCCUUUCUCUGCCGAAGGACCUGAAUCCGACAAGACGAAGAGCACGCUGGUGGUCGAGUCGAUACCCGAGGAUCACCUGAACGAGGAAGACAUUCGAGCUUUCUUUGGGGAGUUUGGCACCAUUGAGGAGUUGACGCUGCAGCCGACACAGAAGCUAGCAAUCAUCAAGUACGACAACUGGCAAUCCGCUAAUGCAGCAUACAAGUCGCCCAAGGCAAUUUUCGACAAUCGCUUCGUCAAGGUCUUUUGGUAUAAAGACGAGACCAACCCCCCACACGGAUCAAAGUCGAAUGGUGCCGCAGAAACAGGGGAAGAGGCACAGGAAGAGUUUCAGAUGGAUCCCGAAGAAUUCGAACGGAGGCAGCAGGAAGCUCAAGCGAAGUGGCAAGAGCGCGAGGCGAAGCGUGCCGAAAUCGAACAACAGCGACAAGAUUUGGAACGCCGCCAGCAGGAACACCUAGAGAAAUACCGCGAAGCGACCGAGAAGCUCACCAGUAAGAUGGUAGAAAAGAACGGCGGCAGUGAACCCGAGAUUUCGGGUACAGAAAAGCUGCGCGCUCAGCUGGCAAGAUUGGAGCAAGAAGCGAAGAUCCUGGGCAUCGACACUGAUGGGGCGGCUGACGAUGCAUCCGUGUCAUCACUUGGGCCGCAUCCCUCGCUCGGUGGCUGGCGAGGGCGUGGCCGAGGCAGGGGCAGGGGGGCAUGGCGAGGAAGAGGCGGCGGCACUAGUGUCGAGGGGAGGCAUGCAGCAUACGCACAGUACUCGUUGGACCUUCGGCCAAAGGCGGUUGCAAUUUCUGGCGUCGAUUUCACGGCCCCUGAGAAGGACGAGGCACUACGACACUAUCUCUUGAACCUGGGCGAGUUUGAUGCCAUUGAGACAAAGCCCGACGUAACCCAGGUCUCUUUCCGUGACCGCAAGACUGCGGAGACGUUCUUCUCCUCGCUUCACGGGGAGCAGAGAGAAGAAGAAAGAGAGGAAGGCGAGGUCACGAUUGGGGACAUGGAUGAAGAAUAUGCCGAUGAUCAAAAGGUCGAGGAGGAUGAGGAGGUUGACUAUGUCUAUUGA